UUUUUAAUAAUGGGCUUAAAUUCUUGUUUAUAAAAACACCAACAAAAUUGGAUCUUUUUUGUUUUUCAAGAUUUGCUUUAGUCAUAUAGCCAUUCAUGCACAGGAGUUGUAAGUGAGUGAUCAUCAGUAUAGAUAUGGCAACUACAACUUCAACACAAUUUGCGACGUCAAGAGUACGGAUGGGAAUAUACGAUCCACUGCAACAGAUUAGCAUGUGGGAGGAGGCUUUCGGAGCUAACCUUAGCCCCCCGAAUAUAAGCCCUGAUGAUAUCAUGAUCUCUGAGGUCAAUGCAAGGCUAGCAGCCAACAAGACUGAAUACACUUCUCAAGAAUCAUUAGGACCUUCACCAGAUGCUCGAGCAACAAGAAACAUCUCAGAUAAGCUUCAAAGACGCCUAGCACAAAACCGUGAAGCUGCACGUAAAAGUCGGUUGAGGAAAAAGGCAUAUGUUCAACAACUAGAAUCAGGUCGCAUGAAACUGGCUCAACUAGAACAAGAGCUUGAGAGGGCUCGACGUCAGGGCGUAUACGGGGGUCUGUUGAACACGAGCAGCAAUAUGUUAUCCAGUAAUGUGAUUAACUCAGGGAUUGCUACAUUUGAAAUGGAGUAUGAACUAUGGGUUGCAGAGCAAAGGAGAAAAGAUGACGAUCUUCGGAAGGUGUUAUUGACUCAUACAAGUGAAAUAGAGCUUCAAAUAUAUGUCGAUAGUGGAUUGAACCAUUACUAUGACCUUUUCCGAAUGAAGGCUGAUGCAGCGAAGGCAGAUGUUUUUUAUUUGAUGAAUGGACUCUGGAGAACUCCGGUAGAGCGGUUCUUCCAGUGGAUUGGUGGUUUUCGGCCAUCUGAGAUUUUAUCUAUACUAAUGCCACAGCUUGAGUUAACGGACACACAGCUUAUGAAGGCAAGAAGUUUAAGACAAUCAUGUGAGCAAGCUGAGGAGGCGCUGAGUCAAGGCUUGGAAAAGCUUCAACAAACCCUUGCCCAGAGCAUAACGAUUGACAUUACUGGAGCCGGAAGUUACACCACUCAGAUGAAUUCCGCAAUGAAAGGGCUUGAGGCACUUGAAGUUUUCUUGAACCAGGCAGAUCACCUACGACAGCAGACACUUCAGCAAAUGUAUCAGAUCCUAACAUUGAUUCAAGCGGCAAACGCGUUGCUUGUGCUUGGUGAAUACUUUCAACGUCUUCGUGUACUAAGUUCAAUUUGGUCUUCACGUCCUCGUAACCCAGCAACUGUACUUUCAUGAAUCGCCUCUUUUUCGAGUUUUUAUGAUAGCUUCCAUAUAUUAGUACUAUAAGUUAGAGUUAUUUACUAGCUAGCAACUCUGCUCAUAUCAGUCCCAAUGCCUACUCUAUCAGUCUGCUUAUAUGUUCCACAAAUUAAGGAAAAUGUAAAUAUGAUGAUUUGUAAUGUUUUGCAUAUACAUAUGUAUGUAUGCAUAUCCGGGAGGUUGACCAUUGUGUAAUAAGUUAUAUAAAAGAUAUUGAUUCUGGAA